CUCACCGUUCUUGUGAUCAUUUUGACCCCACAGGAUGGACACUUUAUCACCAUCCUCAACCUUUGUUAUUACAGAGGGGAAGAUCCACACGAUGUGGAGUACAUCUGGAGAGCUAUUUCAGACCUGGCGAAGGUCAUGGAAUACAACAGCACUCUCAAUAGAUUUACUGGUUACACACCCAUUGGGAUACAUAAGGCUGAGCAAUGUAACGCCGAUCUCGUGGUCCUGGCAUCGUUUCAAACGCCACUUCAUUUCUUCUGCAAACAUUAUGGUAAUAGUAUUUUAUUAUAUUAUUUUCCCCUCUCAGUUGAGCCCUCCGUUCAUUUGAGGUCCAUGACGCCCCACGGUGACAGACACCCCUCCAUGUUGACGUACAGCGCCUACGAGUUCUACCCCAAACAGAUCAGGGUGACCUGGUUGAGGAAUGGACAGGAAGUGACCUCAAACAUGACUUCCUCUGAGGAGCUAGUCAAUGGCGACUGGCACUAUCAGAUCCACUCCUACCUGGAGUACACUCCCACGCCUGGAGAGAAGAUCUCCUGCAUGGUGGAGCCCACCAGCUUCACUGAACCAAAGAUCCUCCACUGGGACAUGUCUCUGCCAGAGUCUGAGAGGAGUAAGAUAGCCAUCGGGGCAUCUGGGCUGGUGCUGGGGGUGGUCUUUGCAGCAGCUGGUCUCUUCUACUACAACAGGAGGAAGACCACUGGUGGCGAUGGUGAGUAUAAGAUGUUUGAUGAUGGCGUCUAUAUCUUAUAG